UAUAAAAGAGCGAGACAUUCUGCCUGCGUCAGGUGAGCGUCCUUAGCAAUAGAGUCACCCAAAUAGGCGACAUGUCCAUUUCGGAAGACCCUCGGGCCGAGUCGUGGAACGUCACGGCGCCUCUGGCGUGCGCGGCGGCGCUCUUCUUCCUGCUUUUGGCCUCCCGCCGCGACACCUCGGAGCGGGGCGACAAGAAGGACCCCCCGGGGCCCCGGCCUUUGCCGCUGCUCGGUAACCUGCUGCAGCUGGAUCUCAAGUGGCUGGACCGAGCCCUGUCAAAGGUAAAUGUGCAACUCCCUCUCGUGUUAUUCUUUAACCGGUUGUUUUUUUCCUUGCAGCUCGCGAAACAAUACGGCUCCGUUUUUAGCAUCUACCUGGGCACCAGGCAAGUCGUGGUCCUGGCCGGGUACAAGGCGCUCAAAGAGGCUCUGGUGGGCAACGCCGUUGAGUUCGGGGAGCGCUACGUCAACCCCAUUUUUGAGGAGAUGAAUCUCGGUCACGGCAUUAUAUUUUCCAACGGGGACACGUGGAAAGAAUUGCGGCGUUUCGCCCUCAGCACUCUGCGAGACUUCGGCAUGGGCAAACGACUGGCGCAAGACAAAAUCCUGGAGGAGUGCCGCUAUCUCAUUCCCGUUUUGGAAGGUCACAAAGGUCGGCCGUUCAACACGACGUCCCCCCUGAGCCACGCCACGUCCAACAUCAUCUGCUCCAUCGUAUACGGCGACCGAUUCCAAUACGACGACGCGCGCUUCGUGAGCAUGGUCAAACGCGCCAACGACACCAUUCGCAUGAUGAGUUCCGUUCAGAUACAGCUCUACAACAUGUUCCCCAGGUUGUUCGGUUGGUUGAAAGACCGGCACGUGGUUGUCAGCAAACGUAACGAAAACAUGGAGGACAUUCGAGAGCUUCUGCGACAACGCAAGGAGAAGUUCAACCCCGAAAUGUGCACCGGGGUGGUAGACUGCUUCUUCGUUCGCCAGCGAAAAGAAGAGGAAGCGGGCGUGGAGCGGAGCCAAUUCAAUGAGGAAAACAUGAUGUUCGUGGUGGCCAACCUGUUUGCGGCCGGCACCGACACAACCUCCACUACACUGCAGUGGAGCUUGCUGCUCAUGGCCAAAUAUCCCGAAAUACAAGAGCGCGUCUUCGAGGAGCUUUGCCAGGUGGUCGGAAGCCGCCCCAUGGAUGUAGACGACCGAAAGAACCUGCCGUACACCAACGCCGUCAUCCACGAGGUGCAGCGAUUCGGCAACAUCGCUCCCAUGGCCAUCUUGCACCAAACCACGCAGGACAUCACCUUCCAAGACUACUUCAUCCGAAAGGGCACCGCUGUGAUUCCGCUGCUUUCGUCCGUCCUUUACGAUGAGAGCCAAUGGGCAACGCCGAACACCUUCAAUCCUUCCCAUUUCCUGGAUAACGAGGGCAAAUUUGUCAAGAAGGACGCCUUUAUGCCUUUCUCUGCGGGUCGCAGGGUUUGUCUGGGCGAAGGUCUGGCCCGUAUGGAGAUCUUCCUGUUCUUCACCUCCCUCAUUCAGCGCUUCCGCUUCACUCCUCCGCCCGGUAUAUCCGAGGAAGAGCUGGACCUGAAGCCCCUGGUGGGCUUCACCCUCAAUCCCACUCCUCACGAGUUGUGCGCCGUCCGUCGCCAGUGACGCGCGCCGCUGUUCUUGUCGAUGAUUGUGAUCCUCGUUCAAAGGGAUUGGAUGUCUAUCGGUGUUAAUGGCGGCCAAUUGUACCAGUUCAAAUCACACACAUGCAGCUUUAACAAAAAAAUGAAAAUAAAUCCAUUUUUUUCGGUGUGUGUGGGUGUAAAACUGGAUUAGAUGUCAAGAUCAUCAAUGGCAGAUACAGAGUUAAGGGCAACAGGCAACAAAAUAAUCCUGUGGUAUAAGGCAGGGGUCCCCAACGACCGGGCCGCGGACUGAUACCGGUCCGUAGCGCAUUUGGUACCGGGCCGCGCAGAAAUAAUAAAUAAUUUAUUAAUGACUGCAUUCUGGCCAGUUGACUUUGGCCUGUGCCGCUAUCCCUGUCUACUCUAGAUAUACAGUGGG